UACCGUGAGGGCUACUUCCAUCUAAGGAUUUACAAUUUUGGGCGAUAAGCAACCGGGUACGAGACUUCAGAACUUCGAACGCGAGCUCAACACACCUCUUGUACAAUGAUCUCGCCACUACGCCAACAAUUGCUCAAUUGCCUUGCGCUGCUACUAUGUCUGGAGUACAGCGCGCGAUCACGAGUCAUGGCACAAAAUGGUGAUGGCGGUGCUGCUUCGGGUGUACAGCCUGGCGAUAUUGGCGCGGGAUCGCAGGGGUCAGAAAAUGCUGGGGCGUCUGGUGGGAAUGCGGAAUCUGUCAAUUUGAGCCAAGGCGCCACUAUUGCUAUAGCUGUGGUUGUUAGUGUAGUGGUGGUGCUUGUCGGCACGAUUGCGGUAUUGUUCUUUCUGGCCAAAAAGAGACAGUGGAAGAUUGCCGAGGGCUUGAGAAGAUCGGCAAGACGAGUGACUAGUGCGAUCAAGGCGGUUGCGACGCCGAUUACGCCGAAGAAGAUGAACUUCAACUUCUCCGCGGUUGAGAAGAGGAGGUCGCCUGCAGAUGAGGAGGGACCGUUCAAGGGGCUGGAUGGGCGUACUGGACGGAGAGUAAGAGUUAACACUGCUGAUCUGGAGAAGGGUGGCUCAGUGCCGGUGUCGGUGACUCCAGUGGUGGAUGGUGAGGGUCGGACAGGGAUAGAUACGGUGACAGAGACGAAGAAGGAGAAGAGGAGGCCGCCGAAGGUGGAGAUAUCAAAUUCGGUCUUUGAGAUGGAUAGUCCCAAGACGCCGAUGUGGAAGAAGGUGUUUGGGCGGUAGAUACGAGUGUGUGAGCGGUGAGAGGGGCC